AUGGCACCAUCGCUCAACGAUGAACAAACUAAAGGGAACAACACCACUCAAUUAACCCCCCUCGAAGCCAUUUCCCACGGCGGCCCAACUCUCAGCGGUCCUCCCAAAUUCCCCAGCUUCGCCGAACAAAGAACUCACCAACUGGCCCAUCUGGCAGGCACGUUCCGUCAUUGGGCGCGCCAGGGCUACGUCUUCGGCUUCUCAGGCCACAUCUCCUACCGCGAUCCAGAGUACCCGGAUGCCUUCUGGACGAACCCGCUCGGCGUGCACUUUGGCCUCCUCAAGGCCUCGGACAUGAUUCUCGUCAAUCUGUCCGGCGAGGUGAUCGGCGGGAAUCGGUCGAGACCGGCCAACACGGCGGGCUUUCUCAUCCACGCUGCCGUGCACAAGGCGCGACCCGAUGUUCAUGCGGUCUGCCACUGCCACAGUCCGGCAGGGAAGGCGUGGUCGACGUUCAACCGCCGGUUAGACAUGAUUACGCAGGAUGCGUGCAAGUUCUUCCGUGACGCGCAUGCCGUGUAUGACUCGUACGGCGGGGUGGUACUGGCGGCGGAGGAGGGGGAUCGGAUCGCCAGUGCCCUUGGGCCGAAGGGCAAGGGAUGUAUCUUGCGCAAUCAUGGGCUGUUGACGGUGGGACAGACGGUGGAUGAGGCGGCGUGGCUGUUCGACGCGCUGGAGCAUGCUUGUCGGGAUCAGCUGGCUGUUGAAGCGGCGAUGGCUGGGGGUGCCGUGAAGAAGGUCAUUAUCGAGGACGAGGAGGCCGAGUAUAACUUCAGCAUGGAGGCGGAUCCGGCGUAUUGCUAUGCGGAGUUCCAGGUCUACUAUGAGUAUGAGAAGUAUAUGAGCAAGGAGGAUUUCACGGCGUGA